AACUUUUUGAAAUCUGACAUCAUCCCUCCAUCACUGAAAGUAUUUCCGUCACAAUCCACCUCUAGACACACAGAACUUGUAGUAGUGUUUCAGUAGGCUCGGCGGGCCUAGAGAUGGCUAGUAUUGUCCCCUGCUGACUUUAGUAUUACCACCGCGGGUGACCAUUUCACAAUGGAGGAAGCUACAAGACGGCAUUUCUUCUUCCACAGCAAGGAUGGAUAUGAUGAGGAGAAAGUCAGCUGCCACUUUUGCCAGAUCCGCUCGUUCAGCACGCACCCCGAUUACCCGGUCACCAUCGUCAACGGCGAAGAUGACGCAGUUCUCUCACCCAACUUUCGCUUCAUGGACAAGUCAGUUUACAGCAAAGGUGUGGAACCUGCUAGAGCUGAGUUUCGCAGUGGCUGCGAAUGCGACGACGACGAAGACUGCCAGUACAAUAACUGUCACUGUCUGCAAGAGAUGGACGAUGACGACUCGGAACCCGCUGACGACCCAAUCUAUGGUGCUGCCCCUGCGCCCCGCAAGAAGAUAUAUGCAUACCACUCGCACGGCGCAAAGGCAGGUUUUUUGAAGUCCAAGGUGCUUGAGUCGAGAGAGCCUAUCUAUGAAUGUCACGAGGGUUGCUCCUGCGGACCUCAUUGCGCAAACCGAGUAGUCGAACGUGGCCGUAAGGUACCGCUGGUCAUUUUCCGCACCAAGAACAGAGGAUGGGGUGUACGCAGCACAGUCGACAUCAAGAGGGGGCAGUUCGUUGACAAGUACAUGGGUGAGAUCAUCACGCCGAAGGAGGCAGACCGACGGAGAGCCCAGUCCGACAUUGCCCAGCGAAAGGACGUGUACUUAUUCGCGCUCGACAAGUUCUCCAACCCUGACUCGAUAGAUGAAAGACUGAGAGGUCCGCCACUCGAAGUGGAUGGCGAGUUCAUGUCGGGUCCGUCUCGCUUCAUUAACCACUCGUGUGACCCGAACUUGCGCAUAUUCGCUCGGGUGGGUGACCACGCCGAUAAGCACCUUCACGAUCUGGCAUUCUUUGCCAUCGAGGAUGUACCCAAGGGACAAGAGCUCACUUUCGAUUAUGUCGACGGCGUUUCUGACUCGGAGAACGACGCGUUGAAUCCGGGUAAGAACCGGGACAUGACGAAGUGUUUGUGUGGCAAGGCCAACUGCCGCGGAUAUCUCUGGUAAAGAGGACCACAUACUUUGGGGGACUAAGCGAGCUUCAAUCUUGAAGAAACCCAGCCUAUGAUACUUAACCAGGCUAAGUUUGGAUUUGACGAUUGAAUGAUGUGCAUUACCAGGGGGAGUGGCGUUGCAAAUAGAACAGAUCUUUACAACACCACAUCACAGGACGGAUUGAGCUAUAAUGAAAAGGCUGAUCUAACACUUCACGUCAUCAAUUCGGUUUCUUUUUCUAGUUUUGUCUUCGUUGUCGUUGAAAGUAUGUAGAUGCAUGGUGUUCCUUCAGGGGGUUGUUGUAGUUCAACCAUUUGGUGCAAGCUAAUGAUGACGAGCAAUAAAGGAUCUAGUGGUUGUUCCACUGUGAUAAAUGCCCUAAAUGCUGGCAUGAUUAGAAUGUUCCAUGUAAGAAGACCUAGUGAACCGACC